AUGAACGCGGUCGCUGCCAAUGGAUCCGGGCCGCAAUUCUCGAGGCCUACCGCGAAGACCCUGAGUGGACUACGGCAUGAGGCUUACCAAACAGCCGAAGAGCUCGCGUUCAAACUGAGCGUGGAUUUGACGCGACCCAAGCACGGCGGUGAGGAUGACGGGGCUGAAACGGGGAAGGUGCAGAAAGUGGAAACGGGUGCGCGGGUUGCUUACCAUGGUGUUCUCGCUCUCACAGGUGCCGCUGGUGUAUCAAACCGCGGAGGUGCACGCGGGGGAACGGUGGUCCACGCUGAUGACGAAGGGGCAGAGGACACCGCGACUAAGGGUGCACCCCGCGAUGAGGCUGACCGCACUGUAGCAGGUGAGGGUGAGGAGUCGAGCGAGGAGGAGGCGGAGGCUCACGUGGUCGCGGUCGCGGCAGCCAGCAGGCCCGCUACAUCCGGCAAGAGCAUCAAGCACCUCGCGCAGCACUUGGCCCCCGGUGCUGGAAGCGCUGGCCCGAGUGGUGAGGUCGCGGGCAAGAGUCCCGUGACAUGUGCGCGUGAUCACACCUCCCUGUCCGCGUUGCCGUCGCAUAGGCUUGCAGCCGAGAUCCUGCAGCUCGACUGCAGGAUUGCAGUGCAGGCGGAAGAGAUUGCACGGCUGAAGAAACGCCAGGAGUCGGGGGUUGGGGGGGUCGCGGUCGUGGGCUCCGAGGAGCUCGCGUCCGCGCUUUCUAAUGCGGUUCGGGUGUUUGAGAAGGAGGCGAGGGCGCUCGCGCAGGAAAGGGCGGCCCUGCUUGACACGCGUAACCAGGAGGCGUUGGUGCUGGGGCGAGUGGACGCGAGGUUGGGACAGUUGCAGGGGGUGGUGACAGACUCCAUGGAAACCGCUCAGAAGAAGCUGACGGACGAGGUUGCGCGGAAGAUCGACAACAUGUCGACCGCGGUUUCCACGACAGCAGAGCGGGCAAUCACAACCAGCGGGGUCACUUACGCGCUGCACACCCUCAUCGCGCUCGUCGGAGGGAGCCCGCCUCCGCGCACGGGUACGGAUACCAUGUUAGAAUCUUAG